AUGCCAUUAUGGAAGACCGGUUCUGAUGGUCUCCCUUUCAGAAGUGCAUUCAAAAAUGUCAUCUUUCGCAGAAGUUUGCACUUGGAUAUUGAGAGACCCCUUGCUGUCAUUCAGAAUAAGUUGGACCAGGAAGUCAUCGUACAAUUCAAAGUUUGCUGCCCAAACGUAGGAGAAGAAACAUCAAUUUAUGUGAUCGGCAAUGCUUUGAAGCUGGGGCUAUGGAAGGUUCAGGAUGGACUUGAGCUCAAUUAUGCUGGUGAAUCAAUGUGGCAAGCAGAUUGUGUCAUGCAAAAGGAUGAUUUUCCUAUUAAAUAUCCUUUUGGUUGCCUUUUGUUUCAUAUUAUACAGCAUUAUGAGUAUUGUUUGUUAAAUGGUAUUUGGCUCUUGUAUCUCUCUGUGUCCAUCUUCCUUAACAGCUCUUUCACGUACAAAUACAGUAAAUAUGGCAAGGCAGGGAACUUCUCUCUAGAAACUGGUCCCAACCGGGAGCUCUUUGUUGACUUCUCAAGUAGUCAACCAAAAUGCAUUAUUGUUUCAGAUGGCAUGAUGCGAGAAAUGCCAUGGCGAGGUGCUGGCUUAGCGAUUCCCAUGUUCUCUGUUAGAUCAGAGGCCGAUAUAGGAGUUGGAGAAUUUCUUGAUCUGAAGUUACUUGUCGACUGGGCUGUUGAGUCUGGCUUCCAUUUGGUUCAGCUUUUGCCUGUUAAUGACACAUCAGUGCAUGGUAUGUGGUGGGAUUCAUAUCCAUACAGCUCUCUAUCUGUAUUUGCAUUGCAUCCAUUGUAUCUGAGAGUGCAGGCACUUUCUGAAAGUAUACCAGAAGAGAUCAAGCAAGAGAUAGAGAGGGCCAGAGUACAACUGGAUGGAAAGGAUGUAGAUUAUGAGGCUACCAUGGCUGCAAAGCUCUCAAUUGCUUAUAAAAUUUUUGCCCUAGAGAAGGAUUUGAUACUAAAUUUGAGUUCCUUCCUAGAAUUUUUUUCCGACAAUCAGGAUUGGUUGAAACCCUAUGCGGCCUUCUGUUUCUUGCGUGACUUCUUUGAAACAUCAGACCACAGCCAAUGGGGUCUUUUUUCUAACUUUUCAAGAGAUAAGCUUGAGAAGCUUGUAUCAAUAGAUCGAUUGCACUAUGACACAAUUUGCUUUCACUAUUACAUCCAGUUCCAUUUACAUAGACAAUUGUCGGAAGCGGCUGAAUAUGCAAGAAAGAAAGGAGUGGUGUUGAAAGGAGACCUCCCUAUUGGUGUAGACAGAAACAGUGUGGACACUUGGGUUUAUCCAAAUUUGUUCAAUUCUUCGCAGGAUGUAGAUUAUGAGGCUACCAUGGCUGCAAAGCUCUCAAUUGCUUAUAAAAUUUUUGCCCUAGAGAAGGAUUUGAUACUAAAUUUGAGUUCCUUCCUAGAAUUUUUUUCCGACAAUCAGGAUUGGUUGAAACCCUAUGCGGCCUUCUGUUUCUUGCGUGACUUCUUUGAAACAUCAGACCACAGCCAAUGGGGUCUUUUUUCUAACUUUUCAAGAGAUAAGCUUGAGAAGCUUGUAUCAAUAGAUCGAUUGCACUAUGACACAAUUUGCUUUCACUAUUACAUCCAGUUCCAUUUACAUAGACAAUUGUCGGAAGCGGCUGAAUAUGCAAGAAAGAAAGGAGUGGUGUUGAAAGGAGACCUCCCUAUUGGUGUAGACAGAAACAGUGUGGACACUUGGGUUUAUCCAAAUUUGUUUCGCAUGAACACCUCGACCGGUGCACCUCCUGACUAUUUUGAUAAAAAUGGGCAGAACUGGGGAUUCCCUACUUAUAAUUGGGAGGAAAUGUCCAAGGACAAUUAUGCUUGGUGGCGUGCUCGUUUAACACAGAUGGGCAAGUACUUCACAGCUUAUCGGAUUGAUCAUAUAUUGGGUUUCUUUAGAAUCUGGGAGCUUCCAGAUCACGCAAUGACGGGUCUUGUUGGGAAAUUCCGACCAUCUAUCCCUCUAAGUCAGGAAGAGCUCGAAAGAGAGGGGAUAUGGGACUUUGAUCGUUUGAGCCGUCCAUAUAUUCUGCAGGAAGUUUUAAAGGAUAAAUUUGGAGCUUCUUGGAAUGUCAUAGCUUCUAACUUCAUGAAUGAAUAUCAGAAAGACCGUUAUGAGGUGAUAGUUGUUGUUUAA